GUUUAGGUUAAAUGAACGACAUGUCUCUCUGUCAUUGACUUUUCUAGUCUGUGCCGCUAUCCCACCUUCCGCCCCGGGCAGUCCAAGAUAAAUCCGUACCGGAAAAAUGCGUCUGCAUAUAGCACUGUCGCUCUUUUACACUCUUGGGCAUGCUGUGGGGGCUGAGCCGCAACACGCCAAACGUACUCCCAAAUGUAGAUGUACGCCGGGCGAGGCCUGCUGGCCCGACAACAGCGUUUGGGAGGCCUUUGACAAAACGUUGGGCAAGGGCAAGCUGAUCAAGACCUCUCCCAUUGCUCAGUCCUGCUAUGAUGGCCCUCAGAAGGACCUGGAUCGGUGCGCCUACGUGAACAAGAUGUGGACCGACCAGGACUUCCAGACCAGUGAUCCCAUCGGCAGAAACUAUCCCUACAACAUCACAUGCGCGCCCGUCGACUACGCUGCGGGGGAAACCCCCACGUCGUGCAUCCUCGGCUCUCUGCCCUACUACGCCGUCAAUGCGUCCACUAGGGAGGACAUUACUCUAACUCUUAACUUUGCCAAGCAACACAACAUCCGUCUUGUCACCUCGAGCACCGGCCACGACCUCCUGGGCCGCUCUGACGGUUAUGGCGGUCUCGAGCUCUGGCUGCACUCCUUCAGAAACGGCGUCCGCUUCCAGAAGAAGUAUACGUCGGCCAACAAGUGCACCAAGUCCGGAUGGACGGGCAGCGCCAUACACAUCGACGGAGCCUACCAGUGGAGAGACGUGUAUACGGUUGCUCAGGCAAACAAUGUCAUUGCCGUCGGCGGCGGCUCCCCCUCUCCCGGCGCUAUUGGCGGCUGGCCCUCCGGGGGCGGCCACGGCCCGGCUACCCACAAUUUCGGCCUUGGAGCCGACCAGGUCCUCGAGGCCCAGAUCAUGCUGGCUGAUGGAAGGAUCGUCACCGCCAACCAUUGCGAGAACUCCGACCUUUUUCGGGCCAUCCGCGGCGGCGGCCCCGGCUACGGCAUCGUCCUGAGCCAACACAUCAAGGUCCACCCCAAUGUCAAGGCCGUCACAGCCCACCGGCUUGCUAUUGCGCCGCGGAACGAGACUGCCGAAAACAAGGACCUGCUAGAUGCUAUCGCCGUCCUGCACCAGCAGCUCCCGGCCCUCAGCAACAAUGGCGUCGCUGGUUACGGAUUCUGGUUCCGCAGCUUCCCCGGCCCCUUCGUUGGCGACGCCCACUCCGGCUAUACCCAUGGCUUCUGGACCAUUGGCAAGCGGCAGGCCGAGGCCGAGAAAGCUGUGGCGCCACUCAUGAAUGCGCUCAAGAAGUUCGAGGACAAGCUUGUCAUCACGUCGACCUUUGCCGAGUACCAGGACUACUGGUCCUUUUACUGGGCCGAGUCGGGCCUGCACGACCCGGUCGGGUCUACGUCUAUCAUCACUUCGCGACUGAUCAACCCGGAGGCGUUGACCGACUACAACAAGGUCCGGGAGGCAAUUGAGGUAGUGGCGGGCAAGCCGGAGGAGGUGUCAUCCAACGUGGUCCUGCUAGUAUCGGGCGGCCAGGUGUUCAAAGAUAAGGCCGACACGUCGUCAGGGCUGCACCCGGCCUGGCGCGUCUCGCCAUUCGUCAUGAUUAGUGGACAGGGCAUCCCCAAGGUGGCCUCGCGCGAGAUUCGCGAUUAUGUGCAGCACCAGGUUACGCACGUCAAGGGAGCCGCCUUGAAGAAGCUGGCUCCGAACACUGGCGGCUACAUGAAUGAGGGCGACGGUAGCGAUCCGGAGUACAUUGACGCCUUUUACGGCAAAAACUACGCCCAACACCUUGCAGCUAAGCGCAAGUACGAUCCGGACAACAUCUUCUUCUGCCGCACCUGUGUAGGCGCUGAAGACUUCAUCGAACGUCCUGAUGGACCUCUGUGCCGCAAGUAGAGAAGGGCCAUUUUUUAACAUUUAUCGUUAAAAAGGCUUUGCUUUAUAGACAUACAAAUGUAUAGUACGUAGUAUAUAAUAACUACAGUUAUUUUUAAC